AUGGGUCGGGUGAAAUUGGAAAUUAAGAGAAUAGAGAACACAACGAAUCGACAAGUCACGUUCUCAAAACGUAGAAAUGGUUUGAUUAAGAAAGCUUAUGAAUUGUCGAUUCUAUGUGACAUCGACAUUGCUCUCAUCAUGUUUUCUCCUUCCGAUCGCCUUAGCCUCUUUUCCGGCAAAACUCGGAUCGAAGACGUUUUCACAAGAUUCAUUAAUCUUCCUAACCAAGAACGAGAGAAAGAUAUUCAAAGCAAAGAGUAUCUACUAAGGAUUUUGCAGCAACUCAAGACUGAGAAUGACAUUGCUCUUCAACACACUAACCCUGCAGCUAUCAACUCCGACGUCGAGGAACUCGAGCAAGAAGUUUGUAGGCUACAACAACAACUCCAAAUGGCAGAAGAAGAACUAAGGAGAUACGAACCGGAUCCAGUAAGAUUCACGAGCAUGGAGGAUUAUGUAAUUUGUGAGAAGCAACUUCUCGACACUCUAACACAUGUCGUUCAACGAAGAGAACAUCUCUUGAGCAAUCAUUUAUCUUCUUAUGAAGCAUCUACUAUGCAACAAAGCAUCGCAGGUCCUUUUGUUAACGACGUCGUUGAAGGUUGGUUGCCUGAAAAUGGGCCCAAUCAAGCCCAUCUAUUUGAUGCAUCAGCCCAUUCCAAUCAACUCAGAGAAUUAUCAUCUGCAAUGUACGAACCAUUGUUGCAAGGGAGUAGCUCAAGCUCGAACCAAAACAACAUGACUGAAUGCCACGUGGCAAAUCAUAGAGAAAUGUUCCCAGAGUGGGCCCAGACAUUUACAUCUUCGGCAUUGUUGGCUUCUAUGCACCAGCAUGGAGGUGUGGGUCCUAUUAUAGAGGAGAUGAUGCAAGGUCAGCAAGGUGAAAUUCCGGCGGUGACGACGGCGGAGGCACAAGCCGACCAUGAAGUCGCCGACUAUGAAACAAGGGUUCCUCAUCUCAGUAGCCAAUAA